AUGACGAACCCACCUGCACCUCCUAAAGCACGGGCCUCUAGGCGGUUGUCAAUGCAGACGCCGGCAGCUCUUCCAGUACUGCCUUACACAUCCGCCGAAUGGAUCAAGGCUGUCUCUGAUGUCAAGCGUCAGUACCUAAACCGCAAGUACCGGCCAUGCUCUUUGCGCUGUUGCGAAAUCUUGGACAACAUGAAGGAAUCCGCGAACAUUGAGCCGGCGUACCUGAUAUAUCUGCACUUUUACGCUGCCAGCUCUUUCGACAUGCUUUCGCGGCAUUUGCAUGGCACUUCGCCGUACCGGACAAUGCUGCUCCAGCAGGCGCGGGCCCAUUACAUGGAGGCGUCGGAUCUGAGCAAGGCAGCGGACGAGAGCAUGGCCCGCUCAUCACGGCCAUCCUCGGCGGCAACCUCAAGCAUGCACUCCCCUUCAAGCUCCAUCUCCUCCCGCGCCUCAUCCCGAACCUGGACGAACUCGACAGCCUUUUCGUCACCCACUCCGUCUGUCUGUUCCGUGGAGGAUGCAGUGAACAAGAUGGCUGCCAACCAGCCUCCGCCCAAGAAGCGCGUUACCUUCUGCAACGCUCCUGAGGAGCCAUUCAUUCGCCCCGACUCUCCUACUCUUGGCUUUGAAGACUUCCUGUGCGCCCCGCAAGAGCCCGAGCCGCGCUAUCUCCCUGUCCUCCCCGAGGAGCCGGAGCCCGCCGAUGAGCCCGAGGAGAUGACAAAGCCGCCGACACCCGAGCCUCUGAGCGAGGACUGCGACGCUUUCGACUUCCUGCAGGAGCGCUCCAUCCACCGGUAUUGCGGUUUGCUGUCUAGCCUGCGAUCGCAGAUCGCAGUCCACAUCGCCAACGUCGAAGAACAGCUUGCUGCGCCCUUCCGAGACGCCACCGGCCCCGACUCGCUUUCAACCAGAGCUGCAACCCCAGAGCUCGAAGACGAGCUGCGCAGCCUUGACAUCAAGGCUCGCAUCGAGCGUCUCCGCCAAAACAACUGGCAGCGUCGCCGCUUCGACGCCAGCCGCUAUGAGGCGCUUCGUGAGAGCGUCCUCGCCGAGUUGUCAUGA